AUGGCGUCGAACGGCGAUUGUCACCGCGAAACAAACCUUAACAACCCUCCGAUCUCUCGGCAAGCACGACGAAUAUUCUCAAAUCUCGCGCAUAAAAAAAUGGCCUCAGACAACGAUGGAUAUAAUAGGCAACUGACUGAACCUCGAAUCCACAGCGGCGCGGCUGUGAAUGUGGGCGGCAGUACGGCUCAGACGGCGGUGAUGACAGAGAGCAAUGAACUUCUUAAACUUAUGGUUGAUGUUUCAAAUCGUGGUUGGCGUGACCAUGCUGGAAAAAUAAAUAAGAUAACCAAACAAUAUGCCAAGUACCAUGAGCUUAUGCGGCAUAACUCUGGCUUUGGAUGGAAUUCCGCAACAAAGUUCUUCACUGCAAAUGAUGAAAUCUGGAAAGAUUACUUUAAGUCUCAUCCUAAAGAUUCAAGCUUGCAGACUGACCCUCAUCCAGACUUUGAAGAUUUGAGAAUUGCAGUUGGUAACGGUACAGCUAGAGGGACACACUCUAUUGCCAUAGGAGACGACAUUAUAGAAGAAACUAGAGAAAAUGGGAGCUUGCUAGAUGAUUUCACAUAUGAUCCCUCAAGUGAUGCCUUUAUUCUGUCAAGUACCCAAGAUCCUUUUCCUCCACCAUCUCCUGAGAACUCUUUCAUGCCAACCUCAACUCAACAACCAUGCUCGGAGCCUCGUCCACCUCCAAGAAAACGAGCUAAAACUGAUUCUCAAACUAAGGCUACUUCAUUUGAUCCUAAAGAUACCCAAGAUCUCGUAGAAAAACUUACAUCAAAUGUGGAAAAGUUUACUCGUGCUAUUGAGUCAAUUGACACAAAAGAGUUCAACUGUUGGGAUCUGAUUAAGGAGAUUCCAGGCUUAACUUCUGAGGAUCGUUUCAAAACUCUUGAUUUGCUUAAUACCAAAGCAAAAAAGUCAGAGUUUUUUAACAUGUCCCUGGAUGAACAAGCUGAGUGGAUAGCAUAUAAGUUGAAAUGA